UUGUGGAAUUAUGAAUAAGGAUUUAGGAGGGUUUUAGUAGAGCGUAGCGCGAAGUGAAACGCCUAGUGGGAUAGUGACAGAAGCAGAGAAGGUGAGAAAAUGGGAUCAAAGGCGAAGAAGAAAGGUUCAGCAGCGGAGGAUAUUCUUGAAACCCUCGGAGACUUCACUAGCAAAGAGAACUGGGACAAGUUCUUCACCCUCCGCGCCGAUUCCUUCGAGUGGUACGCAGAGUGGCCCCACCUCCGAGACCCUCUCCUUUCCCUCCUCCGUACCCUCGCACACCCUCUCCCCCUCCCCCUCCUCGUCCCCGCUUGUGGCAACUCCCGCCUCUCCGAACACCUCUACGACGCCGGCCACACUGCCAUCACGAAUGUCGACUUCUCCAAGGUCGUCAUCUCCGACAUGCUCCGCCGCAACGUCCGCGACCGCCCGCUCAUGCGCUGGCGCGUCAUGGACAUCACCGCCAUGCAGUUUGAGGACGAGAGCUUCAUUGCGGUUAUUGAUAAAGGUGGAUUAGAUGCUUUGAUGGAGCCCGAGCUUGGCCCCAAGUUGGGGAACCAGUACCUAUCUGAGGUGAAGAGAGUUUUAAAGCCUGGGGGCAAGUUUGUGUGCCUCACCCUGGCUGAAUCUCAUGUACUAAAUCUACUUUUCUCAAAGUUCCGACUUGGGUGGAAAAUGAGUGUUGAUGCCAUACCUUUAAAGUCUUCUGGUAAACCUAGCCUUGAAACGUUUAUGGUGGUUGUGGAGAAGGAGCUAUCUACUGUUGUGCAUCAGAUUACAUCAUUGCUUCAUAAUUCUUCUCUUAAUUGCAAUUCAAAACAGGUUUCUGGAUUUACCGAAGCCCUUCAAAAUGAAAACCUAAUUCGUGAAAAGUACUCUAGUGACUCUGGGUUAUUAUAUUCUGUGGAAGAUCUGCAAGAGGAUCUGCUAAAGCUUUCUCAAGGUCGGCGAUUGCAGAUAACUUUGGGUGGACCAGGGUGCUCUACUUUUUCUUAUAGGGCUGUAAUUCUUGAUGCUGAGGAACUGGCUGACCCUUUUAUAUAUCAUUGUGGGAUUUUCAUUGUGCCUAAGAUUCGUGCACGGGAAUGGCUUUUCUAUUCUGAAGAAGGACAGUGGAUGGUGGUCAGAAGCUCCAAAGCUGCCCGGCUCAUAAUGGUUUUCUUGGAUGCCAGCCAUUCAGAUACAAGCAUGGAGGAGAUUCAGGAUUUGUCUCUGUUGGUUACACCGUUGGCACCUGCAGAAAAUGAGACUGGAGCUCAAAUACCUUUCAUGAUGGCAAGUGAGGGGCUCAAGGAACGAAACAUCAUUCACAAGGUCACAUCUUCAUUAACUGGAUCGAUUAUUGUUGAAGAUGUAAUUUAUGAAAAUGUUGAUAGUGAAGUCAAUUGUAUUUUUCCUUCUAGAGAGUUGGUCUUUCGUCGCCUUGUUUUCGAGAGAGCUGCAAAUUUGGUGCAGUCUGAAGCUCUUCUAAAAGAUGAACCGCUGCCUAGAAAAUUGGUUAGUGAGACGGGGAGGAAGAAAAACAAUGCAUCUUCCAAAUCCAGAAAAAGUGGAUCUCAGAGACACAAUGCUGGAGCAAGUAACCAGUUGACAGUCUAUCAUGGCUAUGUAGCUAGUUCUUAUCAUACAGGAAUUAUUUCUGGAUUCAUGUUGAUAUCUUCUUAUAUGGAAACUGUGGCAUCAAGUGGGAAAAUGGUAAAAGCAGUAAUAAUAGGUCUUGGAGCAGGUUUACUUCCCAUGUUUCUUCAUGGUUGUGUCCCCUUUUUAGAGAUUGAGACUGUGGAGUUAGACCCCGUGAUUGUUGAUAUUGCAAAAGACUACUUCAGUUUUAUGGAGGAUGAACGACUAAAGGUGCACAUAGCUGAUGGGAUCCAAUUUGUCCAAGAGAUUGACAAUUCUGGAGUGGCUCAAAUUCAUGGAAAAAUUAAUGACCGUAGUUACACAGAGUCUCCUUUAAAUGAAAGUUCUACUGUGUCUCAUGCUGGUGUAGAACUUACAAAAGUUGAUAUCAUUAUAGUGGAUGUGGACUCUUCGGACCCAAGCUCGGGACUGACAUGCCCUGCUCCGGAUUUUUUGGAUGAGUUUUUUCUUGAGACUGUAAAGGAUAAGUUGUCAGAGAAUGGUCUCUUCGUCGUCAAUUUGGUGUCACGGUCCCAAGCCAUUAAGGAUAUGGCUCUCUCAAAAAUGAAAAAGGUUUUCAGCCACCUCUUCUGUCUCCAGCUUGACGAGGACGUCAAUGAGGUUCAUUUUGCACUCAAAUCGGAGUCCUGUAUUGAGGACAACUGUUUCUCUGAAGCUUCUAUUAAACUUCAUAAAUUGUUGGAGUUUAAACACCCAGAGAUUGGUCAAAACAUUAUAAAUGCGACAAAAAAGAUCAGACGUUUAAAGUGAUACUUGCUUGCUUUCACAAAGCGGAAGUCAUAGCCAAAUAUUUGUCGUUGAUCUGUGUAUUGGACUGUCUAGAGUGAUGUUUAAGUGAGUUUUGAUUAUAUUGUAGCACGGUCACCCUAGACUAUUGGACUGUCUAGAGUGAUGUCUAAUGAAUACUAUUCUCUAGGCAAUGUAUUUUUGGUGUAAAUGUUUGGCUAACCAUGAAAGUUUUCUUGCGAAUACUUUAGAAUUCUUUUAAGGUAAUGCUAUUUCCUUGUAAGCAUUUAAUAUUUUGCAUAUAUGAAAUGCAUUUUUGCUCUU